CUUUUUUCUCAUCAGCAUCAAUCACAAUCAUCAUCACUUCAGUUUACUAUCAUCCACCAAUCCCACACAGAUAACCUACCUUACUCUCCAACACAAAUCUCCUCGCCAAAAUGCACUUCACUUCGACAACCCUCGCCAUCCUUCUCGCCGCCUCCACCGCCUUGGCGAGUCCCCUUAACUCUCACCAUCGCCGCGGCGAUUACAACCAAAGUUCAGACGCCGACAUUUUCCCAAGCUUUGACCGCUACUCUGACUGGGCAAUCUGCAAGGGCAAAAUCACCAAGGAACGCUUCCCAAAUCUGCAGGCUCCAAAUGAUGAUGGCGGCUGCGUCCGCUAUUAUCGGGGCAUCGACAUGACCGGCGUCGUCACAGAGAAACACUUCUUCUUCAAGGAUGGCUUCCGGAGUGCCUGCGACUGCGCUGCCGUGUGCCUUGAGAACCCGACCACGUGUACGAACUGGGUGUGGAAGCACACUUUCAUGCCCGGGGAUGGUGGCAGGAGGUCGUGCACUAUCUACAGCAGUCCCAAUCUGCCGACCGAUGUAACACUUGCAUACAAUACGACCUUGAGCAAAGGCUUUGCCCUGUUGCAACCUGGGAAUAACCCUCAGGCCGGAGCCCCAGCCCCAUUGACUUUCUUGGAUGCGGCAAAUACUAUCCCGGAUCAGUUUGGGGUAUCUGGCUUCAUGGUCCAGGAUCAGAAUCAAAGACAGUUCUGUUAGGAGGUGGUGGUAUAAUAUGCCAUAUUAGACCGGGGAGUUGCAAGGGUGCUAAAGCUGCCAGCAACAUGGCUCCGUCUUGAGACGCUUCAUGGCUGGGUUGCUUGGGCAGCAUUGAUGAGUUUGUUUCCCUUUUCAUUCCCUUUCUGUCAUUUCCUGCUGUUUGUUUUACAUUCUCUCCUUUUGUCUUAUUAGAUAGCUCUGCGUCUUUCCCUACUAGCUAGUCCUGCAAUAGAUCAACGUCGCUCCUUCACUCCUUCUC